AUUCUUGUCCCAUCCACUGGUUUCACCCUUCUAUCCUCCUGCCAAUCUCAACUGCCUCUACAAUCUCCCCCCCCUUCCUCCCCUCCCCCUUUCGCUGCGAGGGUCGGGGCUGCGAGUCACGCGCGGAUGGCCAUUCCCCCCCUUGGUUUCCCUAGCUGUCCAAAGGCACGUUUGCUUCGAACAAGGGGGCAGCUAAUCAAACACGCGUCUCUUCUUUUCUCUAUCAUCCACUGACAACUCAUCACUCUAGACCUAUCAUCUGAACCCAAAGAUGCUCUUCAACUUUGCUCUCCUCUCGAUCCUCGGAGCCAUCGGUGCAUCCGCUGCGAACCACCACGCCGUCCGAUCCCUCCUUGCUCGACAACAGUCCCUCAAUCCCUCGGACAUCCCGUCCGCAUGUCAAUCCGACUGCCAGUCGACCCUUACCAUCUACUCGGCAUGUGAGAACAACGAUGAGAGUACCUGUUUGAGCAUCUGUUCUUCGAGCAACUUUUCGUCUUUCCGAAGCUGCCUCUCUUGUAUCCUCCAAGACAACCCCGACGCUUCCAACGACAAUGUCGAAGCCGUGAACCAGGCUCUUGACCAGCUCGAGCAGCUUUGCGACUCUGUGGGCUCCACCGUCUCAGCCGCCGACUUCAGCGCUACAUUCACCGGCUCUGAUGCUGCAAGCGCUACCGGCACCUCGACCGGUAGCACGACUGCCACUACUACGUCCGCUGGCGUCAUCGCUUCCCUUUCUCAAGCCGCCUCCGCGAUCGUCUCUGGAGCUUCCUCCGCCGCUGGAGCCGCUCAAUCCGGUGCUAGCUCUGUCGCUGGAGCAGCCUCCUCAGCCGCAGCUACGACUUCUGGAGCCGCUAACGUCGCUGCAAGCUUGCCCAACUUUGCCGGAGUCGCAGUGGCGCUCGUCGGUGUCGUGGCGGGAGCUGCCGUCGCUCUUUAAGCGUCGAGUCGAGCCUAGCCUAGCCGAGCGAAGCGCAGUGCGCCAAGGCGAGGCUGGGCUGCCGCUUGAAGCCGUCCAGCAUCACUCGUCAGCUCACCACGCUCAGAUCGUUCCCUGGACAUUGCCUAUGGAGACUUCUCGCUGUACCGUUUUUUCCUCUCGUCCGUCCUACAGAGGCCAACAUUUGGUAUUCUCCUACUCUAAUUUAUACAAUUUUUUGACUCUUUCAGUACGAUAGGUAGCCCAUGUGCAUGCAUUGCGAUGUACAGAA